GGGAGCAGCGCGGCGGCUCCGGGCGCAGUCCCGGGACGCGGGAUGCUCCGCCAGCUGCCUCGCCGCCCGUGAAGUCGCUCGCCCUCUGCCCGCCUCGCCGUCCCGCCCGCCCGUCCCAGAGGUGUUUUUGAAAGAAGACUCUGCCAUUCGGAUGUGAGAAAGGACAUGAGGAGACCAAAGACCUGGGAUUUUGCUGAUCAGAAUGAAACAAACAUUGAAAGACUUUUCAAAUCUAUUGCUGGUGGUGCUCUGUGACUAUGUUCUUGGAGAGGCUGAGCAUCUCGUGCUGGGGGAGCCGGGCCAUGUAGCGCUAAGCAACAGUACGGUGACUGUGGAUUUCCAUGGCGCCAGCGGGACGCUGAGGAAUGUCUCUGUGCUACUGGUGGAGGCCAGCUCCAACCGGACUCUUACCACCAAAUACGUCCUGACCAACCAGUCCCAGGAGACCCUCGAGUUUGAAUGCUUCUACUUCAAGGAGGCCGGCGACUACUGGUUCGUGAUGACCCGGGAAGCGACAAACAGCAGCCCCCCGACCCCCUCGAGGGAGAGGAGCGCCUUUCUCAAGGUGGAAUGGCCCGUCUUCCGCGUUGACCUGAGCAGGACGUCCAAGGCGGCCGAAGGCACCUUCCAGGUGGGCCUUUUCACCAGUCAGCCGCUGUGCCCGUUCCCCGGGGACAAGCCUGACAUCUUGCUGGACGUCACUUUCACCAACAGCCUCCCGGAGGCGAGGGCGGGUCAGGCCCCGCCGCUGGAGAUUAGGGCCAGCAAGCGGGUGGAGCUCGCUCAGGGCCAGUGGGUUGAGUUCGACUGCGCCCCCGUGGGGCCGGAAGCCUACGUCACGGUCACCGUGGUGCUGAAGCUGCUGGGCCGAGACUCGGUCAUCACGUCCACAGGCCCCAUUGACCUGGCCCAGAAGUUUGGGUACAAACUGGUGAUGGAGCCGGAGCUCACCUGCGAGGCCGGGGUGGAGGUCACGGUGCUGCCCCCGCCGUGCGUCUUCGUCCAGGGGGUGAUCGCCGUCUUCAAGGAAGCCCCCAGACUCCCCGGGGAGAGGACCAAUCGGCUGGCUGAAAACAGCCUGGCCUUGGGAGAGAGGAGAACAGUAUUCAACUGCACUUUGUUUGACAUGGGGAGGAAUAAAUACUGCUUUGACUUGGGCGUUUCAAGCCGAAGCCAGUUUUCUGCCAAGGAGAAGGAGUGCAUGCUAAUUCGGAGAAGUAUAGAAACUUGGGGGCUGUGGCAGCCGUGGAGCCAGUGUAGCGCCUCGUGCGGGGACGGUGUCAGAGAGCGUCGCCGCGUGUGCCUGACCGCCUCCCCCUCCCGACCUGGCUGCCCCGGAAUGUCCUCGGAGACCUCCCCGUGUUCCCUGGAGGACUGUGCUGCUUUCCAACCGUCCAGCCCAUCUCCUCUCCAGCCCCAGGCUCCCGUGAAGUCCAACAAUGUCGUGACAGUCACCGGCAUAUCCCUGUGCCUGUUCAUCAUCGUGGCCACCGUGCUCAUCACCCUGUGGCGGAAGCUGGGCCGCGCCCCGAAGUGCAGCACGCCCGCCCGCCACAACUCGCUGCACGGGCCGGGCUGCCGGAAGAACUCCGACGAGGAGAAUAUCUGUGAGCUCAGCGAGCCGCGCGGCAGCUUCUCGGAUGCGGGUGACGGGCCGGCGGGGAGCCCCGGGGCCCCAGGCAUCCCGCUGACCUACCGGCGGAGCGUGCCGGCGCCUCCCGACGAUGAGGCCUCGGGGACCGAGAGCUUCCAGGCCAACGCCCAGAAGAUCAUCCCGCCCCUGUUCAGCUACCGCCUGGCCCAGCAGCAGCUGAAGGAGAUGAAGAAGAAAGGCCUGACGGAGACCACCAAGGUGUACCACGUGUCCCAGAGCCCGCUGACGGACACGGCCAUCGAUGCCGCCGCCGCCGCCGCCGCAGCGUCCCCCGGAGGUUCCGAGAGCCCCGAGGAAGCAGCGGCCGGCAAGUUCCGGAUCAAAUCCCCGUUCCUGGAGCAGCCCCCCGCGGUGGGCGCCGGAGACAGGCCCCCCUCCCGGCUGGACCACCCGCUCUCGGCGGCCAGCUGCGCGGUCAGCCCCAGCCAGACCCUCCUCCGCAAGUCGCAGGUGAGGAGCCACCCCCGGGGGUCCCACUUCCGCAGGACGGCAAGCUUUCACGAGGCCAGGCAGGCCCGGCCGUUCCGGGAGCGGAGCCUGUCCACGCUGACCCCUCGGCCGACUCCCGCCCACGGCCCCAGGGCCCGGACCUGGGACCAGGCCGGAGAACGAGGCCGGCCUCCGAGUCGAGGUGCUACCCUGUUCCUGGAGAAACGGGACCAUGGCCCAGGGGCAGCGGGGGCCAGUGGUCCCUUAAGCCCUCUCCCCAAACCCCACUCCCUGGGGCCGCCCCCAAGGAAACCGGACCUGGGGGAUCGCCAGGCCGGAUUCGUGGGGGCAGGUGAGAGACCGGAGCCUCCCCGGGCUCGGAGGGGGCCGUCCCCCAGUCACAGGAGUGUCUCAAGGAAGCAGCCUUCCCCCCCGGCGCCCAAAGAUGGUUACCAGAGGGUCAGCCCGCUGAGUCCUUCUCAGGGCAGAAAAGACAAGUGUCAGAGCUUCCCCGCCCACCCGGAGUUCGCCUUCUACGACAAUACAUCCUUCGGCCUCACCGAGGCAGAGCAGCGGAUGCUGGAUCUCCCGGGAUACUUUGGGUCAAAUGAAGAGGAUGAAACCACAAGUACGCUGAGUGUGGAAAAGCUGGUUAUCUAGACAGACAUCACCCCCGAGACUUCACACAGCGGGGUCCUGGGCCCAGCUCCAGGGAUCGGCUGCUUACAAUGUUCUGUGGACUCUGGUGUGGACUCUUUAGUACAGCAGGACAGGAUGUGGGGGAGCUGGUAACUCACAAGUAUGCACCUGUGUUUCAGUUCAUAAGAACUUAUUUAUCUGAACCUUUUUCCCUUCCUUAGCCUGUUUCUGUCAGCUUAUCACUACUAACUAUGAUAAUAAAAUUUAAACAAGAGCAAAAUAGG